CAGACAGCAGAAAUUCUCUUUGUGCGACCAUGCUGCCCUCUGCUGGUGAACAGUUGCCAUUAUAACAUUUGGCUGUACUAAUCCUGCCUCCGUGUGUGUUUGUGUGUGCACACGCCAGUGUGGGAAUACGCAUUGCCUGUGCUGCGAACCAUAAUGUCAGCACUCGGUGGUUAAUUAAUACAAACAUGAGAGACCUGAAGACACUUGCUAACAACACAUCUGUGCAAAUUGAAUACCUGACAGCCCAGUACACCACAGUAAAGAACAAAGUCCUGUCAGAUCUCAACAACACUGGACCUUUGCUGGGCGGUAGGAUCCACAGUCAGCUGGCGAAAGAGGUGGUUCUCUCACUGGGCACUGCCCUGCGAGUGACAGGAGUUCUCCAUGCCAUCCUCAUCAUGGUUCAGGCCACAACUCUCAACGUAGCCUUCAACUCCCACAACAAGUCCCUGCUCACCAUCAUGAUGUCACACACUAUGAGUUUGAUUCAUACAGACAUAAGUCGCUUAUUUAGCAGCUUGAGUUUGGUCAUGAUAGACUUUGGUUUUUUGCAGUUUGUGGAGAUCAAAGGAAGCAUGUUCAAGAAAUUUGAAAAGAACAACCUUUUCCAGAUGUCAAACAGUGACCACUUGUGGGUGCUGUUUCCUGACGUAAUCAUGGUGAUAGCCUCAGAGGUUGCCGUGGACGUUGUCAAGCACGCGUUUAUCACCAAAUUCAAUGACAUCAGCGCUGAUGGACGGGACUUUGACCUGUCACCUUAUGCAAUUAUGAUGAUCACACUAAAGGUGCUCAACAGCAUCAUUCUGCUUGGGACGUCUUGUGUGUUCGUCAGAAAGGCCAACAUGGAAGAAAAGCUUUUUGAUCCUCCACCCUCUGCAGUGUCCAGCUGC